CUCAGUCUGAGAAGGGGAAAACUACAGUGACCUGGCCAAACCAUGAAAAGGGAGCCCCCUGAGUUACAAAGAAGGAGCAACUGAGUCCAGGGUACAGAGAUGUCCUGAGCAACCAAAGGAAGAGAUGUUAGACUGGUUGAGAGCUAAUCCCCAGAUAUGCCCACAAAGAGGUGCUCCAGUGGGUAGUGAUACAGAACGAGAUGGAAUAGCACCAGAAAAAUCAUCCCCAGAGAGAGAGAAGAAAAAGGAACAGUCAGAUGCAUCUAAUUCUCCUAGAACCUCAAAACAUCAUUACUCAAGAUCGCGUUCACGAUCAAGGGAAAGAAAACGGAAGUCAGAUAACGAAGGAAGAAAACACAGAAGCCGGAGCAGAAGCAAAGAGGCAAGAAGACACGAGUCCAAAGAAAAGUCCUCUAAGAAACACAAAUCUGAUGACCACAAUGACAAAGAACACUCUUCUGACAAGGGAAGAGAGAGCCUAAAUUCAUCUGAAAACGGUGAGGACAGACACAAACGCAAAGAAAGGAAAUCAUCAAGAGGCAAAAGUCAUUCAAGAUCCAGGUCCCGUGAAAGGCGUCAUCGUAGUAGAAGCCGUGAUAGAAAAAAGUCACGGUCCCGAAGCAGAGAGAGAAAACGCCGUAUAAGAUCUCGUUCUAGAUCAAAAUCUAGACACAGACAUAGAAGUAGAAGCAGAAGUAGGACUCGGAGCAGAAGCCGAGAAAGAAAGAAGAGAAUUGAAAAACCCCGAAAGUUCAGCAGGAGUCACAGCCGAAGUCCAAGUCCACCACCUUUUAGGGGACGAAACACAGCAAUGGAUGCACAAGAAGCAUUAGCCAGAAGGUUGGAAAGAGCAAAGAAAUUGCAAGAACAGAGAGAAAAAGAAAUGGUUGAAAAACAGAAACAACAGGAAAUCGUUGCUGCUGCUGCCACUGGGGGUUCUGUCAUCAAUGUUGCUGCUCUUCUGGCAUCAGGAACACAAGUAACUCCUCAAAUAGCUAUGGCAGCUCAAAUGGCAGCACUACAAGCAAAAGCACUGGCAGAGACUGGAAUAGCAGUACCUAGCUAUUAUAACCCAGCAGCGGUGAACCCAAUGAAGUUUGCUGAGCAGGAGAAAAAGCGGAAAAUGCUCUGGCAAGGGAAAAAAGAAGGGGAUAAAUCACAGUCUGCGGAAAUAUGGGAGAAAUUGAAUUUUGGAAACAAGGACCAAAAUGUCAAAUUCAGAAAACUAAUGGGCAUUAAGAGUGAGGAUGAAGCUGGUUGUAGUUCAGUUGAUGAAGAAAGUUAUAAAACUCUGAAGCAACAGGAAGAAGUAUUCAGAAAUCUGGAUGCACAGUAUGAGAUGGCACGAUCACAGACUCACACACAAAGAGGAAUGGGAUUGGGGUUUACAUCUUCAAUGCGAGGAAUGGAUGCAAUUUGAAAAAACAUGAUUUUAAAGUCUGGGACUUUGUGGAUGAUUCCCGUUCUGAUGUUGGGUCCUUGUUCACCAAAAAGCUAGCAUUCUAGCUUGCAUGGGUGUUGCAUUGACUUUAAUUUAUUGAAAAAGUACAAACUUUCUGUAAAUAUGAGAUCAGUGAUACUGGUGUUAGUGUUGUAAUCAGGUUAUACCCACUUCCAUUAAACUUGACAGAACUAUAGAAGGACAGUAUUUUUAGUUAAAGUUCUACUUUUUCAAACAAAGCAGCAGCUGGGGUAAACUCAUACAUGGAUAUUUCGUGUCCACAGUCUUGUGUACUUUUGUACUUUAACCUUGUACAGUUAUUUUCAACUCUUGAAACAUGAAAGAAACAUUGUGUAGAUGUUAUCUAGCAGAUUGGCCAACUGGCACAUUAAUCCAGUGCAACAACCUGGUUAAUAAAUAUGUUUUUCUCUAAACUGCUAUUUUUAAGCUUACUUAAAAGUUUGUUUUAAUUGGUUUCUUUUAAGCUAUCCCACCCAUAAGUAAUUUUUAAAAGUUAUGUUGAAUUUCCAGCUAUUACUUUACCACAGGGAGCUCUGUAGUAGAAUAAGAAAAAAGGGGAAUGUCAGAGGGGUGGUAUUCAAAUAACAGUAAUGGGUACUGAACAUUUUGUUUUUUAACUUGGCAGUUUCUGCUUGACUGUUACUAUGGUGUAUAUAAUAUGUGCCAAUAUAUUAGCAGGUCUUGGAAAAACCCAGCACCUACUAAGCAAGGGAUUAGCCUUAUCAUGAGGGUGAAAUACACCACUUCCCUGAGCUACUCCUUCAUCCCUAGCCAAACCCACCUCCUCCCUAGUCUCCUGUUGGCUAGGUGCUCUCCAUUGCUUGGAUU